UGAUCGUUGCGGUGACCUCUCGGCCAAGGCAGGCAGGCAGGCACUGACCCGAUCCAUCCGCGCUCCGGCAGUUCUGCCCCUUUCCCAAGUCUCCCAGGCUCCCAGCGCGUACAAAAGGCCUCCACAGCUCCUCCAGCCAGUCCCAGCUCACCGGUGCACCACUACGUACCGCGGUGCAGGCCUGCAAUCAAAUUAAAACACAGGAGCUGUAGAUCGAUCAGUAGCUAGCUAGGCAGGCAGCCAUGCUCGGGAGGAAGAGAGGAGGGUCGUCGUCGUCGUCGUCCAGGCCGCACGCGGAGGACGCAGCCCCCGCCGGGGGCACCAAAACCGUCGUCGCCGAUGGCGGGCGGCAGGAGGUGACCGUGUCGCAGUUCGUCGCGCAGCUAGAUGAGGCGGCACGGGAGAGACUGGACCGCAUGAACCGGAGGCUGAGGCUGCUUGAGCAGCAGAUGGAGACGCUGGAGGCGGAGGUCGGGAGAGCCAGCACUACAGACAACUGAUCCAUUUUCCUUUCUUAAUCUCCGGUCGGAAGAUGCUUUAUGCUUAGUUAGCUAGAAGCCUUUCUGUUUCUCCUUUCGUACUGAUCGACGAAAGGAUAUGGUGAUCUCUUAGGUGCUUGCUUGUUUAGGCUAAUUUUCCUGCACAUGAUUAGUGGUUGAUGGUAUUGCUCCGGAAACUUUGCCACGUUCGGGGGCGGGAUUCCGAUCCAUGCUGUGAGGGGAUUGACUUUUGGGGUGGCUUGGAAAAGUAUGUGAACGGCGAUGAAUUCAUAGUCACUUUCAUCCUGUGUGGAAAAUGGGUGCCGUUUCCCAAACAUGCAUGCUGGACCUCUGACUUCUAUACUCACUGAAAUAAUAAAUGGAUUGAGUUGAUCAGUUGAUCUAGGA